UCUCUCUUGCGUUUUUUCUUUCGUCGGUAGAAGUUUGAAUGGGCCUGUUGACUUACAUGCCAAAGCUUGUUUGCAUUCUAGCCCAAGCCCAUUCUCCUCGUAAAACUCUUUAGCAUCAUUUAAAUGAAGCCUUUGUUGUCCAGAAAAAAAGAAGUGGAAGCUUAGAUCAGUAGUUUAUUACUAAAUAUAAACUGUUUGAAGAUAUACUAAAGAAGAACUGUAACCCUUGGAUGUUCUAUUCUUACUCCCUUAGACAAGGCUAAACGCUGUUCCCUAGGCAUAUAUUGGUUAGGAUGUCUCUUUCAUUGUUGUUCCCUUGCUAUGAAUCAUAUAGCUUGUGGUGGCACUGACAUUGUCCUUGCCUUUGGUUAUGAUGAACUGUAGAGCAGAACUGCAAGUUCACCUGGUCAGUUAUCGACUCAGACAACUGAUUUAUUUCUCUCGUACGUUUGCCUAUCGCUGGUUCUGUGAGAGAUAAUUUCUCAGGGAGCGAGCAGAACGACUUAAGGGAGUUUGUGUCUAAUAUCACAAGAAGUCUCAGGUCAUGAUACAUAGGAGGGACAUUCUCCAAGAAGAUAUCAAAUGCGUUGUGUAUGGAGUCUGCCACGAUAUAUCUUCAUGGCCUUGCAUGAAAGAUGGAGAAAACUCAGAAGAAGUCUAUUUUGGUCUGAAAACUGGAGAGGGGUCUUUUGGAGUUCAAGUGCUAGAGUAAGAUUCAGAAGCAGACAUGGAUUGCUGACAGAGUAACUUGUGACGAAGCUGACAAGUACUCUCUCUCGAAUCAUAUGAGCCUCAAUGAUCUUAUGUCAUAUAGAAUCCCGUAAAUACUUGUUCACAAUUCACAAAUACUGCAAGUGAAAACAGAAUUCUUCCAGAGAAUCAGAGUACUUGCUUGUUUCACUAUAAGACAACAGUCUUGUUUCUUCCAUAAGGUAAGACCCGUAGUUCCAGUAUGAUUUUGUGGGGCAUUUUUUUCUCGAGGUUCUCAGAUUUCUGGAGGUAGCACUAUGAUUGUAGAAAUAAUAUGUUAUAUAUUAGCUACAUAAUUGGUGAAAUUCUAGAAUUUAAAAUAUUAUAUUACCAAAAUAGGCAUACAAAUAAAUAAAAGUUAGUGGUAAAAAAACACUAAACAGUUUUCAACCACUAUAAAAAUCAUAUAAAAACAGUUAUUUAAGCAACCAAAUUUUUUUUUUCCAAAUUGGAGUUUUUUUUUUAACUAACUUUGAUUUUUGGUACAACGCAGUUAUUUCUUUUUUACAUACUACUGACAUAUAAGCAAGCAUUUUUAUGAGUUUACAACGCAUGGCUUAAAUUUUUGGUACAUCUUCCAAAUUUGAAGGAUUGUUUCGUAUAAUUCUUCCAUUCUUUUUUGGCUUUUAUACUCAUCAAAACUAUAGUCUUUGUAGUUCAUUGACGUAAUUACUUACUGCUAUAAAUUAUAAAAAGAAAAUAUUACAUUGUAAUACAAGAAACAAAUAUUUUAACAAAUUAAAUUAGGUAGAAAAAAAAAUCUCGAGGCUUAGAAAACUGGGAGUGCGAAUCUAGUUGUUUUUAUUAAUAAGAGAAGGAAAUCAAAUUUAUAGUUGUGUCUUAUUAUUAAUUAGUCUGUUACAAAAAUUGAAUAACCGAAAACAUAUGGUACGCGGGGGGGAUUUAUGAUAUUUGAUUCAACAAUAAUCAAGAGAGAGAGAGGAGUGUGAUUCGAUUCUUUCUUUAAAGGGAAAAAAACAAAACAAUCGAUUCCCUUUUGCUCUCACACUUCUCCCGCCCAUUGUCAUCUCUCUCUCUAGGGAUUUUAGGGUUUUUUUUUCUUUCGCAAGAAAAUUGAUUCGUCUCUGAGUCGUCGUCGUCGUCAAUGGGUCCAAGAUCGGAGGUAAUCAACCAAGUCAUUCAGUUUGUGCUGCCGAGUUUGACCGAUCCGGCGGAUCUGUCUGCAGCAUCGCUGGUUUGCACGGCUUGGUACGAGGCGGAUCGUGAGACUAGGGAGCACGUGACCGUUCCCUUGUGUUACGCCGCGAAACCAUGUGGAUUGAGCCGACGGUUCCCUAAUUUGAAGUCUAUCAGAGUUAAAGGUCGACCAUUGUUUGAGAUGUCUCCGCGUGUACCAAAGAGCUGGGGAAGCUUUGCAACACCUUGGGUGAAUGAGAUCGCAAUAUCAAAGUUCUCUGCUGUAAACUCAAUUCGUUUCAAGAGAAUCAUAAUCACUGAUCUGGAUCUUGACGUUCUUUCUAUGGCUUUAGAAAAAAAACUCAGAACUUUUGAACUAAAGUCUUGCUCUGGAUUCAGCUCUGAUGGCCUCUUCUCAGUAACAAAAAGAUGCAGGAAGAUAGAGUGUCUUUUGUUAUCCAGGAUCACUUUAGUGGAAGAGAAAAAUGGCGAAUGGCUGCAUCAAGUGGCAUUGCACAACACAACACUUAAGAGCUUGCACUGUUAUCAGACAGCCAUUACUAAGGUGAGCAUAGAAGAUCUCGAAACCAUUGCAACAAAAUGCAGCACCUCUCUGGUUUCACUCAAGAUUAGUGGCUUUGAUCUGUUGAGACUUCAAGGGACCUUAAGGCUCGCUAGUGUGCUUGAGGAGUUUUAUGGUGGUGCCAUUGUUGAGGAUGGUGACCCUGAUGACCCUUACUUCAAUGCAGCUAUAUACUCUUUUCCACCCAAGAUGUGUCACGUUGGUGACUUCAUUGGUCUCUCUCGCAAACAUGUCCCCAUCAUGUAUUCUUUUGGCCGCAGACUCCAGACACUCGAUCUUUUUGGUGCUGUCCUUAGCAACUAUUCCCACUGCGUAAUUCUGAGUUUGAUUCCCAACAUCGAAACUCUCAAAACCACUACCUGCAUUGCAGACGAGGGACUCGAUGUCCUUUCUCGAUACUGCAAGAAGCUCAAGGUGUUACUACUCCGUCCAGCUUCAAGACACGCUGAUCUUGAACGUUAUCUUGUCACAGACAAAGGAAUGAUACCUGUUGCUACAAACUGCGUCCGCUUAGAAUCCCUUACCGUAUGCAUGAUGAAGCUUGGAAACGGAACUCUACUUGCUGUUGCUAAACACUUGAAAGACUUGAAGAAAUUUGAUGUGCAGAUAUUAUUGACGGUCAGCACGCAAGUAGAUAAACCACUAGAUGUUGGGAUUAGAGCUGUUUUGAGCCGAUGUGAUAAGCUGACAAAGCUUCGUUUGUAUCUAGAAAGAGGAAGUGUUCGUGAUUUUGGGAUGUGUUCCAUUGGAGAGUAUGGCAGCAGCUUGAGGAGCAUAAAUUUGAACUUUGUUGGUGAUUCAGAUGAAGGUCUUCAUGGACUUGCCAAAGGAUGCAAAAAACUACAAUGCCUUGAGCUCAAUAAGUGUCUGUUCAGCUAUAGAGGAAUUGCCAUUGCUGUAACCAUGUUGCCCAAGCUACGUUACAUAAAUGUUCUUGCGUAUGAAAGUGCUGAGAGAGAAGAUCUGAACCUGAUGGCUCAUCCUCAUUGGAGAAUCGAGUUCUGUCCAUCCCUUGUUGAACUUGUUGCCUAUGGUUCUGUAGCUGAUGAGCUGUCUGAUUACCCCUCUCAAGUUGUACGUUUUAACUGAUAUUUCCUUUUUUGUUUUUACUGUGUAACGCCGAACAUAUGGCAUGAAGUUUAGGGGAUUGUUACUUCUCUAAUGCUGUCGUGUCGAGUCUAUAGAAAGAUGGGUAAACUCUA